ACAUUAUAGGGCAUUGCAGGUCAGUGUGAAUUCCAUAUGUGUAACAAUGGAGAGAAAUGUUAUUUCGACGGUGAAAAUCGGAAAUGUGAACCUGCAUUUUGCGUUGAUAGUCCAUAUGCCAGCAAUGCAGUCAGUGCUGAAAGAUUUGGUUUAUAUAGAAAUAUUGGAGCUGCAGUUAAAUUCAAAUGUGAACAAGGUUAUGAACUGAAAGGACGACCAUAUGCAGAAUGUCAGCCUACAGGAAAAUGGGAAAACAGGUUCUUAUGUGUGAUGAAAGGAACAUGUUCUGAUGGAUGGAGCUUUGUUUCUAAAAAAUGUUUUAUGAUUGUGUAUGAAAAAAUUGUUUGGGAAGAAGCUGUGACUAAAUGUGAAGAAUAUGAUGGACAAUUGGCAAAGGUUGAGAAUGAGAUAGAAGAUUCAUGGCUGAUUUCACAAUUAACAGAUAGUGUAUGGAUUGGAUUGAACGAUAUUGAAAAUGAAGGCCAAUGGCGAUGGAUUUCAGAUAAUUCACCCCUUAACUAUACAAAUUGGUUAUCUGCUGAACCAAACGGCGGAACAGAGGAAAACUGUGCUAAUUACUGUAAAAACUAUUGUGGAAAGACAUUUUAUGGUUGGAAUGAUACAAGAUGCAAAAUGCUCCUAGGAUAUGUAUGCGAACGCCAUCCUAAUUGAGUGGUCGUCUGUUCGCGUCAUUUAAACAAUUAUUUGUUUUAUACAAGGAGAGGCAUUUGACCAGAAAAAAACUUGUGUGUCCGUAUUUUUCAGGACGAACGUUUCAAUAUUAUAUGUCAUCAGAAUUGACAGUUAUAACAUAAUACGAAUGAUAAGUCAUCAUCUAGUUCACUGCCAUAAAUCGAAAUUAGAGCCUAAUAAAUCAUGGG